CGCAUCCUGGAUCCACUCUGCUCCCCCCUCUCCUCGUGCUCCUCCUCUCGCCGCUCCCGGGCCCCACCGCACCGCGCACCUCCCCCACCCUCAACCAGUCUCCCUGUGGGGUAUCCUCCGUGGCCAUUGUGGCUCAAGCCACAAGGACCUGCAGCACGUUGUGCCCUCACCCGCCCCCCAUUGUAGAAGCAGGCCGCCCGCGUCAUGGCGCUCCGCGCCGCGUCUGUGCUGCUCCUGCUGGGGUCCGCACAGGCCGCCGUGACGCACACCAGGUUCGUGUGCGGCCAGCAGACGCAGAUCUUCACCUCGACCUCCGCGGACGCCGCGGGUACCGCCGAGUUCUCCGAGAUCACCACGGAGGACGGCAAGUGCAACAUGAUCCAGGGCGCCAAUGUUGCCUCUGUGAAGUUCUGCGGUCCAGGCAAGCUGACGCUUUCGCGAAUGACCUGCAGCGAGCACCACGACUACAAGGCACAGAUCGUCGAGCACAGCGCGAGCGACUAUACCACCAACUGCGAGGUCAUCAGUACGGCGGGCACCGUCGUCGACGGCUGGCUUGGCAGCUUCACGCUGAGCUGCUGAGCUCAGAGUUCGGGCCGCGCGGCACACCUCUGGCAUGGUCGCCUCCACGGGACGGCGUCGUUGCUGUCGCUGGAAUCACACCCUGACCUCAGAUGGGAAAACAAGUGUCCUUGUAGGGCAUCCGCGUACCCCAAGGGCAGCGCCUAGAGGCGCCAUCCGCGGGGCUUCUCUGUCUGCGCAGGCCCGUAGGGCCUGUAGGUCGGAGGCGCUCGCAGAAGGGAGGAGCGCCGCAUACACGCGGGAACCUACCUAACGGGUCAUAGUCAAUGGGCCUGGCGGGGAAGAGGGAGUGAGUGAGAGAGAUCCGGUAGGUCCACGCCGCGUUGACCCGGAUCAUCAUCGCGACUUCAGCCUGCCGUCGAAAGAGAGAGAGAGAGAGAGAGAGAG